ACAGGUCGCCACAGCUGUUGCCAGCGCGCCACGCUCGUCGACCAUGGCUGCCCGCGCGCCACUGAAGCGCAUGGCGACGCUGCGCAAGGUCAAGUACGGCGCCAGCGACAUGAUGGUCACCGAGGUCUGCGCCGGCACGAUGAACUGGGGCUCCUUCAACGCCGACGAGGCGGAGGCCCACGCCCAGCUCGACGCGCUCGUCGGCGAGGGCGUCAACUUCUUCGACACGGCGGAGCUCUACCCCGUGGGCUGGAACUACGGUCGGACGACGGAGACGUGGAUGGGCAACUGGCUCGCGGCCCGGACGAAGAGCGGCGCGGUGAAGCGCGACGACCUCUACUUCGCGACGAAGUGCAACACGUCCGGGAAGGGCGGCACCGUCGAGCCCUGGGAAGCCCACGGCUACGACGCGGACCGCCUGCGGGCGAGCUGCGAGGCGUCGAUCGCGCGGCUCCGGUGCGGCGCGCUGGAUCUCUACAUGCUCCACUUCCCGUCGCGCAUGGGCUUCGAGGCCUUUGGGUGGGCGAACUGGCUCGCGCCGGAGCGCUACGAGAAGACGAAGAACUCGUCGGGUGACCUCGCGGACUUCGAGCGGCAGGUGCUGGCGGUCAAGGGCCUCUUCGACGCGAAGCUCAUCAAACACUGGGGCCUGAGCAACGAGAACGCCUUCGGCCUCACCAUGUUCUGCAUGCUCUGCGACAAGCACGGCGUGCCCCGGCCCGUGUCCUGCCAGAACGACUUCUCCUUCAACAACCGCGUCUACGAGGGCGACCUCGCCGAGGCCUGCCACCAUUUCGGCGUCGUCGGCAUGCCCUACGGCGCUUUGGCGGGAGGCAUGUUAACCGGGAAGCUCCACGACGCCAAGUACGCCGGCGACCGGCCCCUCGAGCUCACGCGCCACCGCGUCAAGGCCGACUUCCAGCCGCGCUACGCGUGCCCCGUCGCCAUGGCCGCGGCGGCGGAGUACAUCGCGCUCGCCGAGGAGUACGGCAUCUCGCCGACGGAUCUCGCGCUCGCGUGGACGCGCGACCGCUGGUUCAACGCCGUCGUCGUCACGGGCACGACGACGGUGCAGCAGUGCGUCGAGUGCUGUGCUGCGAUGCGCCUCGAGCCUUUACCCGACGAGCUCAACGCGAAGAUCGACGCGAUCCACGAGCGCUACCGGUCGCCGUCCGCGGCGCUCUGCUCGAAGAACCUCGUCAUGGCCGCGCCCUGGCUCGACGACGACGGCGCGAAGAAGCGGCGCACGGACUAAGGGGGCUAUCCUCU